AUGCCGUCCAGUGCUGCAGCGGGCCAAGUGCUUGGUUGCAUACCAGCCAUCGACCAGGAUUUGUGUUCAACAGCGGAUACCGACCUUCAGGACUGUCAGGCGGUCGGCUAUGCGCUGGAGGCCCUAUCCGGCCCAUUAGCACUGUUUACAGUUGACCCAGAUGCAUGCAUAUUACGAACCAGGGCACCUCUAAAGGACGCGCGCUUCGACAAACCCAUAGCUGAAGUACGGCUGAUCGCACGAAAUCGCAGAAUAUUUAUGGAAGAUUUUGGGGAAGCCAAAGUUGCUAUAUGGCUGAUAAACGAUACCAAAAGCGCCGAUGUGAGAGGUUCAAAGAAGUGUUCGCUGGGCAACAUGAAAACGUACUCUGAGGUCUUAUUUCUAGGCCUGGCGAACAAAGUUAAAGUUAAUAUUUGUCUUGCGAGAAAGGGCGAGAUGGACCUGACGGUGAACUUGCGUUGUCCACUUGGUAAUGGCUUGCCACAAGGGAUUGCUCGAUACCACGACAAAGAGAACGUCGGAAGCAACCUGGUCUUCAGGGAAAACCAAUUGUGGAGCACACAGGUAACCGAGAAGCAAGCGGUGGUCCAGAUAAAGAAACUACAUGUGAAAGCUACCGGAAAUACAAAGGAGAAUAAACUUACACUCCUAUUCUACUGCUAUGUCAACUUUACUGGGGUUGCACCCAAAAACGCGGUUUUCACGGAGGCCCUGAUUAAAACAGAUUUUGGUGAGGCAAACGUUAGUAAAAAAUGGACUGGUCAGGAGCACUUCUUGUCCCACAAGCUGCUUCAUGAUAGAAUUUAUCUAGAAGACUCCACUAAAGUUAUUUAUGCCAAUGUGGAUCCAAUGUUUGAAUUCAGGCUUCUGCUUACGAAAGCUGCGAAAUAUGUGACCAAGACGGUGAAGUUCAGUAUCAUCUAUGGACUGCCUACGACCGGAGCAGUUGAUAACCUCUCGACACAAAUUGUUAGAAUUAUAAGCGAAUUUCCAUCAGACUUUUCUGGAAAUAGUCUACAGCUGCGAUUUGAGUCGCCUCUGUUCCAUCAAGGACUAUUUAUGAGUCACUUCUUCUACGUUGCUUGUACACGUCCCGUCACAAAUGCCGAGUUUGGAAACCCUAAACGCGUUCUGGGACACGGAAGUAUUACGAUUUUGCUCGGAAAACUAAACGUCUCUGCGAAUGACUCACUGAAGGGCGAAUGUGAAUGGAAGGCAUACUUAACUGUCAAUCAGAGCUCCUCUUGCGGAGAGCCCAUAAAACUGUUCAUGUUAGGCAAGAAUCAUCCACUAGUAGGCGAAACAACUUUUAAUGUGCAGUGCUCUGACCAAGUGUCGAUUGUGGAUGGACCUACUAAAAUUAGCAUAACGGGACCGGAACAUGUGCCUCUCAAUGACACUGCUAUAUUCACCAUAGAAGUGACAAAUAUUUCCUCACCUGACGCUAAUUAUACGCUCUCUUGCGAAAGUGAUCCCGAACUGCCCAUGGCUUUGAACCCGUCGUAUCCCGAAGGAAGCAUUUUCGCCUAUCCCAACCCGUAUUUUUCUAGGGAUCUUUGUGAUCCCAGGCUCCUCUUGGGACGGAUUGUGAUACCAAGUAUGCCAGAAGAAACCAAAGAUGUCAUAUUUAUAGACUAUCAGCUGAAUCUCCUGGGAGGCCAAGCCAAAACUCCAAUACACGCAGGCCAGCCUCUCAUAGUUGCUGUUAGAGCCAUCCUGCCCGGAAAGAGUGCCACGUUUCUCAAUCUAUCCAUCAGCGUGUGGCCGGCUUCUGGGAUGACCCUUUCCAUGCCCUUCAGUGAUGUGUCAUCAGAAGCGCUGAUAAGCCACCACGCAAAUAUGCAAUGCAGUCGAAUUAUAAAUACGGCUAAUAGUGCAACGGCAAUAUUUACACCCGGUGUCCUUCUAAAUCCCAGUUCUGGACGUGAAUGGAUCAUCUUCAACGUCAUUCUUCGUCCGACUUUGGCCUCUGCGAGAGUACCCAAAUCUCAGCCAAUAAAUAUUGACAUCGAUGCAGCUGAAAGUGGACAGCAGCCAUACAGCGUAUCCAGAAAAAUAUGGCUGCAGAGGGAAGGCCAUUUUAGCUUUAAUUACACCUCUUCGAAACCGGACCUGGAAUUGACGCCAAAAUGUGUGUUUCCUAUCUCUUUGCUUAACGGAGAGAUCAAACAGUUUUCGUAUGAACUUCGUAUCGACGUUUACGCCUACAUAGACUGGCUAAGUAUUGCAGUUGAAACUGAUCCGCACGACUUUCAUGAGGAGCCGAUUACCUUGUUGACACUUCACACCCAACGUGGAGGAAACCUCGUGGGCCUUGAACCAGAGUCUUCUGAAGCAAAUGCCUUUAGUCGAUUAGACACAUUUCAAACUAGCGCACUGGAGCAGGUGAUUGGACCAGUUGCAAACUUUGGUUACUAUUAUAAACGCGGCUUGGUACCACCGCCAAACGCCGACAUCAUUCAAAUCGACAUAGAAGUCCAGGGAAGUUAUAGCAAUCCCAACAUCUCGGGCUCCACCGUUGGUGCCACGCUCACUGUCAAUGCUGAUGGGGUUUUGAUACAGAAGAAAAUCAGCUUUUUGCUCACCCCUUCCGCGUCGGAUGAUUUACGUGUAAACACUCGGGCGAAUGUCGACAAGCAUACAGACGAACAUGGGGAAAAAAGCAUCAUGUGUAAGAUUGAGGCAGAAUUGGCGGAAACCUCGAAGAAGCAGUGUCAACAAAUGAACCUCUGGCUGCUGCAUGGAGAAUUACUUAAUUUUACUGCAAAUGCUCUAGCAAACUCAUAUUCGAUAGAACAAAAGGAAAGAGGGAUUAUUGGUCGCGGUGUGACCUUACUGGCUGUAAGUUGA